CUUCCUUUUUUUUUUUCAGCCUUUCUGAGGCAAAGGUGCCGUGACAUCAGUUACACUUUGGAAACUCCAAAAUUUCCCCUUGAAAUCUGACUGCCAGGGCUGGCCAUCAGCCUAAUAUAAAGCGAGGAGCAUCCCAGUCACCCCAUACCACGCCCGGGAGGACUGCUCUGCUCCUGCCUCUGCCGCUCACCUCUGUCCAUAAUGACUGCUGUAGCUGUGUCCCUCUCCAUCCUCUUGGUGGCUGCCCUCUUCCCUCAGGCCUCUUCAUCUCCACUUGGGGCUGACACAACCGUGUGCUGCUUCAGCUAUACUGUACGGAAGCUGCCUCAGAAUCAUGUGAAGGAGUAUUUCUACACCAGCAGCAAGUGCCCACAGCCAGCAGUUGUGUUCACCACCAGGAAGGGGCGGCAGGUCUGCGCUAACCCUGAUGCCCGGUGGGUGAAGGAAUACGUCAACUUCCUGGAGCUGCAGUGAGCACCGGGACCUGAAGUGUCUGCCCAGGAGAGUCCUGUGAGUCCAUGAAGCAAAGCCAUGGUGCGGACCUAGAAACCCUGCUGCUGAGCACCAGGCCCCAAGAGACACCCCGGGGCCCCUGAGUUUCCUUUUGUCUUGCAACAGCAUCACCUAUCCUGUACAAUAUAGCCACCCUACCAUGCAGCUGUGAUGUUGGGGAUGUACCUAUUGGACUUGCAGAUCUGCUUGGCGCAGCCUGCUGUGCAAAUGCUGUCCCCUCCUGUGCCUCUGCUGCUGGAGCAGGAGGGGAUCUUACCCUAAAUGCCACCUGUGGGAAGUGGUCUGUCAAGAAGAGGUGUGAGUGCUGCCAUGUAAUGCAGGCUGACCUCCAGGUCAGCCAUCUGCAUCUUGCUGUGCUGCAGGAGCUGUGAAUGAGAAGCUGUGAAGGAGAUCCGUUCCUAAACGGUCCACUGGAUAUUAAUGGGAUGCUCAUUCUGGAGCCACACGUGCUCAAAAUGCUGUUUCUUGCUCGUCCCAAAGAAUAAAGGUUAAAAAUAAAUAAAUCAAUCUCUGUGUCUAAGCUCUGGCU